AUGGGUUAUGGGAGAGGGCGAGGACGAGGGCGGCCACGAUUGGUGCCACCGUCAGCAGGCAAUCCUACUAUGACUGACCAACAUACUGCGGAGGAGGAAAACUAUGUGGGUGACGAAACACGAACUGAACUGUUGGAAUGUGGUAGCCAGGCGGGGAAGGAAAAAGGGGCAACUGAUACAGAAACCCUAAAUCACUUGAUUACUGAAGAAGCCAAAAGCGAUGAAGUAGCUAGCCAAACGAAGAAACUCCGGGUUAACAUUAUCAAUGAAAAUCGUAAUCCGGCGAAGGGCCUCACCAUGGAAUUUGUUGCACUAAAGAUUGUUGAUGGAGAAAUGGAAAUUCAAAUUGAAGAAGAGGAUGUUGAGAAGGAAGUGAAAUUCUGGAAAUCCGCUCUCAUCAUGUAUGUCUUGAGUGUAGAUCUAAGCAUGAACGCGGUGAAACAGUUUAUGAGCAAAACCUGA